AAUUAUUUUCAUUAAUAUCACAGUCCCCACCAUUCCCACUCGUUAACCCGUCCCACCACACCUAAUUGGAAUUGUUUUAAAUGAGAGAUAAGGACAAUCAGUAAUGGCCAUCUGCGCUCAGUGUUGCUUGCACACCUCUAUAAAGAUUGUGAACAUUAUUACAAACUUAUUUGCUGUUGGAAUGAUUGUUUACGCUCUCUGGCUUCAAAAGAAGUGGACUGAAGGCAUCGCUGAGCUUCCUUCUACUGCUUAUAUUCCCAGACCAUGGUUCAUAUACUCAUGUUUAGCUGUGGGAAUGGUUGUUUGCCUGAGCACUAUCUGUGGUUAUAUGGUUGCGACUUUUAUCAGCAGUUCAAUUCUUUACAAAUAUAUUGUUAUCAUCUUGUUCCUGGUUUUCAUCGAAGCAGUUGUGGUUAUUGCAAUAUUCUUCAGGAUAGACUGGGAAUCGCUAAUUGCCGAGUACACUUCUGACCACAAUAAGAGGUUCAAGAGUUUUGUGGUCUUCCAUCUGAAGAUGUGUCAACUAAUAAUAGGGAUGAUUUUGGUGUCACAGAUCAAUGUCAUUGCAUUGGGUAUGCUUCUUUGGGUUAUUGGUGCUGAGCCAAGGACUACUGGGAAUAAUCCAGAAAUGCGUGCAGUUAUGCAAUCCUUUUUGGUUGGACCUAGCUCAACUUCGCCUGCUGAAUCAAGACAAAUUUGUAGCAGUUGUGAGAAUUUUCUUGAAGAAUACACACACGAAAGCUUUUGGUCAUUUUUUAAGGCGGAGUUGAGAAUGCGUUUCCAGAGAACCAGUGUUAGUUAAAUUCUGAGAAUACUUAUAGACAUCUGAUUUUUUUCUCGGAUGGGGAGAUGACAUGUUUUUAGAGUAGAAAUUUGUAUUUAUGAUUGUAGGUGCUAAGCCAUAAGCCCCUACUUUUUUCCAACGCAAAUUUAGUGGGGAUAAAAGGCUCCUGCAUUACAAAUCACACAAAGGUUAUUAUCUUUACGCGAUACAAAAAAUGUAAAUCCUAAUGUAAGCAGCAAAAAAUAUGUUAAUUCUAUAAUCUAGAAAACCAGAUUACUGUUUUAUGCACCCAUUUUUGUUUGGCCAGAAAGCUGAAGAAACAAUGAAGAAUCAGGAUCA